AUAAGUUCGAGACACACAAUCAAACAUGUACCAACCCGAAACGGAGGAUAUGCUGCCGAGAAUGGCACCAAAACCCAGUGGUUCAUCAAUAGGCGCCAAUGAACCUUUAGUUCGUCCACAAGUACCAGAAGUUUCAAUACUUUUUGGACAACAACAGGCGACCAAUAAUAUGCAACAACACCAAACACAACCUCCAACUAUGCAACAGCCACAACAACAGACUACAUCAUAUGCAGCAUGGAAAAAGCAAAUGUUACCAAAAGUGACAUUUCCCCCAUCCCUGGCAAUGGGUCCCGAAGUGGCAACAAGUCGUGCAGAUGCUGUAAGCAGCAAUAAUAAUCAAAUGCAAGGAGGUUUGAAUUCCGUUUAUCCUCUGAGAUCUCAGGUAAAUCAAGUAAUGCCAGCAACCUCCACCAAUGGAUAUAUGGGCAACGCCUACUCCUCGGCGCCAAACACAAAUGAAAAUUCAAAUGUGUACAUGAUUAGUAAUGGUAUGGCUGGAACCAAUCCUACAACGUAUCGUAAGAGUAUGGAUAACUGUGGUGUAUAUCAACCAACAACUCAGCAACUCCAGUCUGCCUAUAGAAGGUCAAUGGAUAUGCCACAGAUUCCACCAAACUACCACAGUCCCCGAGAUGUUUUGACAAUUUGUGCGGGUACACAAACGGAUGCCAUGGCUUCUUCCCCUCCCCCACUAGGUGUGCCCAGCAAUAUUGCCACAAAACAAGAUGUUGACGAUCUGAAACAAAUGGUACAAGAACUUAGACACGAACAGCAUUGCCUGGCCCAAUUGAUGGAAAAGUUUUUAUGUUCACAAUUCAAUAGGACACCCAAUACAGAUUGUAAAGAUAUUGGAAUACAGGUGAAUACUGAAAUAAAAGAAGGUUCUCCCAUCACAAAUGGUCAUACUCCACUUCCGGCGGUGGCAACAAACAGAAUUGUACAACAAUUGAAACAAAGUCCAAAUGUUUUACAAACCCCAAAGGGCAAGCCUAUGGCACAAUCGACUACAUAUCGUCCAAAUUCACCACAAUCAAAUCGUCUACAAGAAUAUCAACAACCAGAGGCAGCUCCCGCGAUUUCCAUGCCCAAAACACAAUCUACCACAAAUUAUCCCGAAUGGAGCAAUCCACAGUUGGCUGCUUUAUUACCCAAACCAUCGACCGACAAAAGUUUAAUGAUGAAUGAGCUGGCCUUAAAAUAUUUACCCAACGAAAAACUUGCCGAACUUUUAAAAGAUCUAAAUAUGGGUUGUCCUACACAAAAACCAAUUCCAGAAGCUAUAACUCCUGCAGCACCCCUUCGUAACAUAGACAAUUUUGAACGUGGACCAUCAGAUAUAUCAAAUGCAUCAUAUAAAUAUUUGAAAAAAUAUCGCCUACUACCCGAAGAUCAUAUUGAAGAUUGUGAAAAUGAGAAUCCCCGCGAAGCUGCUAAUUGUACUCCAGCCAUGAAUGUACAACAACAGUUUGGCACGCCAUCAAGGUCACCUAUACAACAGAGACAGAAUGCAGUGUAUGCAACACCCAAAGCAUGUUCACCGUAUCAACAGCAGCAUCAACUUGGUAGUGCUGGUAAUCGCUUGCCGCAAUCGCCAUUGGCGAGAAAUGAUGGAACGCCAAGAAAUAAUCAUAUGCUUGACUUGGAAAAUAUAAAACAUCAACCAAAAUUUUUGUAA